AGAUUCCACACAAGAACAAAUUGGUGGUUAUAUUUGUAAAGAAUAAGUUUUGAAAGUACAUGCGUGAAACCAGUUCCGGUACCAGAUCACAGUCACAUUUCUGUGUAUAAAAACAAAACAUUGUGAGGAUUUCACCAAUCUCAACGCGCGCUGGACAAAAAUGGUUGGAUAUGAAGAACUGAAUAAACGGCACAAAACUGAGCUAAAGCAACGCACCAGCGCGUGGGGCAAAGGAAAUAACAAAUUUAAGCCCAAGCCCUAUGUACCACCGCAGGCAGCGGAUAACGCCAAACCAUGGCACCAUGUUAGGAACGACAUUAUUGAUGACGCCGACGAAGUGAACCAACAGGAUAAGUUGAAUAUGCAGAGCUCCGAGGCCAAGAAAUUCCUUCAAACACGCGAAGAGAAUCAUAGACGAAAUAUAAUCGAAGCGAAACGCAAAGAGCCAACUUCAUGGGAGACUUUUAAUGAAGAAACCAGGAAGGAAACCAAAAAAGUUCCAACAGCCAUAUUAAAUGCAGAACGAAAGGAUGUAAAGGAUUUAAAUUUUAACGAUCGCAACUUUUUCCGCAGCAAACUGAGCAGAGUUGCCUCAUCCAAAAGUCGUAAUCUAAAAUCUGCCAUUAAUGAAAUGAAAAGGCAUGGAGUGCUGCGUGGAGGCACCUUCAAGAAACAUAAAGAUAAUAAAUAGUAUGACUUGUAAAAUAUGGAAUAAAUCAAAUAUAGUAUGAAUAAUAA